AUGUCAGAAGGAGCACUGGGCCUUCCACAAAAAAGACUGCAAAUCCGCUGUGAUGAGCGAGACCUGGAAGCCAGCCUGGACAAUCGAGAACCGCACGCCGCAUUUCGUGCAGGAAGGCGGCAAGUCUUUCGAAUUCGGUGGUACCAAGCACUUUUGGGGAAUACGCCCGCCAUCGACGUCUUGAGACUGGACAAGAACGAGGGGGUAGAUUAUGAUGAAGAGUUGAAUCUGCUCUUUGCUGGUAAGUCUGAAGAAGCACUUCUACGACCGCACGACUCGAGACUAAUCGACAUGUAUUUGCCAUUAGCAUCCGGAGACUUGAGAAACGUCAUCAAAACCAUCACGUCUCUUCCAGACUCGUUCGACGAUGAGUUGUCUGUCGUACUGAAUGACAAAGACUUCGAUGUUUUUGCCCGAAAUGUGAUCAUGCUGCUUCUAUGCCUAGUCAUCGAUGAUCCAGAGGAAGCGGCCAGCGCCAUCACCCACAUAUGGUACUCCAGCCUUAUCCAGGAGUGUCAUUUGAACCUCCUCCAGGAGAAGAUCCGUCCCAGGAUUGCCAUGGUAUGCGCAAGGAUUGAAAGCAACUCCGAAGAAGCUCUUCAGACGAUCUGGGAGUUCGAGACCAGCACCCUGCAAGUGACCUUGUCAAAUGGCGAUUGGAAACGGCUGCUCAACUUCCUCGAGGUACCGGCUGGACUGACUGUAGAUCGGGCCAAUGAAAUUCGCACCGCCGUCACUCUUGCUAAAGAGUGCCGGGACUUUAGGGACCGCAAGUAUUUGACAAUGCUUCGCGCAGACCGUCUCGCUGAGGAACGAUUUCGUGAGGAUGGCAUCAUAGUGCCGUUCGGUGGUAGUCGAAAGCCAUACACGGUCCCUAACCCGACCAUGUUCCAGAACCCCCAGUGGCCCUUGCCAUAUACCGCGAACCCCUUGCACGGCUGGGACAUGUAUGAACUCUCAGCAAAGUCGUCCUCGCCAGCCACUUCAGACCGGUAUGGGAUCCUUCAGGCUCAUGUCCAGGCUCUACUGCAGCAAUUCCACUCGCGACUCAGGACCCAUUAUUGCUCUUUUCAACUCUGGAAUAUGAAUGCCACGGAUCUGCCAGGUUAUCUUAAGAAGGGUUCAUUUGCACGAAUCGAGAUGGCAAACAUCUGUGACGUUUCGUAUCUGGGCUGCGCAAGAUCUUUGCUUGAUCUCAGUCCUCUGCUACAGCAGCCUUCCGAGAACCCGCAUGCCACCAUCAUCAUGCUAUUCAUGAAUGCGGUCCGUGAAAAGUUCACAACGGAGGAUGAACUUCAGGAACUCUUAGGGCUAGUCCCUGUGCUUUCGUUGGCAGGUUUCGUGCGCCAGCCUCGACCUGGUUUAGACCCGCCGUACGGCCCCGAUUUCAUGCUUUUAAUCAGAGCCCUCGGGUUCUAUAUGGACCUAGAAACCUAUUUUGACCGGUAUAUCAAGGAUCAACGUUUCGAUAUGUUCGGAUCCCUCUGCGGCAUGGAGAUGAAAGAAGCUCACACGAUUGUGGACAAGUGGCUUCGGGCCCCGAAACUCCGACCAGGACAGCCUGGAUCGCGACGGGAGUUCGAGAUGCUUGUCCAGUCCGACCAUGGGGGACACGAACGAUACGUCGAGUGGAAGGCGGUUGGAUCUUCGAUGCUUGCGACGCUGAUGAGCAUGUCUUUGGGGGGAUAG